CCGCUGUGGAGGACGCGCUGCUCUCUCUGCAGUGUUGCUGUCUGAGCAGUCGGGAUCCUCCUGAGCUUUGAGGUCAGAGAUCAAAGAGCCAUGGGAACUAGCAGGGUGCUGGUGACCGGGUGCUCCUCUGGAAUUGGCUUGGCUGUGGCUGCACGGCUGGCCAAGGAUGAGCUCAGAAGAUUUAAAGUUGUUGCCACAAUGAGGGAUCUUGGGAAACGGGGGCCCUUGGAGAAAGCAGCGGGUGACUCCUUAAACAAAACACUGGAAAUCAAACAGUUAGAUGCCUGCUGUGAAGCCUCCAUCAAAGAGUGUGUCAACAGCCUGCCGGACAGACGGGUGGAUAUUCUUGUAAACAAUGCAGGCGUCGGCAUGAUUGGACCACUGGAGUGCCAAAGUAUUGACGCCAUGAAGGAGCUCUUUGACACCAACUUCUUUGGCCUGGCACGGCUGGUGAAAGAGCUGCUGCCUGACAUGAAGCGAAGGCAGAGUGGCCAUAUUGUGGUGAUGAGCAGCGUCAUGGGAAUACAGGGGCUGCUGUUCAAUGACGUCUACUCAGCCUCCAAAUUUGCCGUGGAAGGAUUUUGUGAAAGUCUGGCUGUGCAGGCAAUGAAGUUUAACAUCAAGACGACUCUGGUGGAACCCGGCCCUGUGGUGACAGAGUUUGAAAGGAAGCUGUAUGAGGAUGCUGAGAAAAUGGAUCUAUCAGGGACAGACGAGGAGACUGCAAAAAUCUUCCGUGAAGUUUACCUGCCGUACUCUAAAAAAGUUUUUGCCUCAUUAGGCCAGACACCAGAGGAAGUGGCUGAGCAAACAGUGAAAGUGAUCACAGCUAAGGAUCCUCCUCUGCGCCACCAGACCAACCGACUCUACAUGCCCCUGACUGCGCUGAAGCAUGCAGAUCCAACUGGUCGACUGCCUCUGGACACCUUCUAUAAGAUGAUCUUCAAACAUGACAGUGUGUUCAAUGCUACUCUCGGGAUGCUGCGCGUGCUGCAGAGGAAGGCUGGGACAAAAUAAAGGUCGCACACACUCUAAAUUUUAUUCUUAAAGAGAUAUUGACUGACUGUGGUAGCUAAAUGCACUCAGUUUGGGUUUUUUUGUAGGUAUAUUAUCCAACAGUAUGAGACAGAAGUUUGCUUCUGAGCAGCAAUGAAUAUGGCAUGAUCCUUAGGAUGUUGUCAAUACAAUACAGUGACUCUAAAAAAUGUAAAGAAUAAGUGUGGCGAAGGGAGGGGGGGGCCAGUGUAGUAGAAAUAGGAGAAUCAACAACGUCACCUUGGGAGUUACACGCCACGAAAUACUUUACUAACCCAAAAUAAUGUUGACAAUUAGUAUCAAAGGCACAAACUCUGACACAAGGACAGAGACAUUAAAUAAGGACAGAGACGUGAUAGCAAAGUACACCAAAUAUGUUAUUGAAUUAAUGAAAAUAAUGAAAUGUGCAGACUGCAGCUGCUGAGAAGGGCAGAAGAAAGUUAACAGAUACUAUCCUAGUGAGAGAAAUUCAAAAUAUUACUUUAUUACAAUUUAUCUAAAAUAGCCUUGCACAGCCACCCUAAAACCACAGUCAAAUGCAGUCCUACCUAGGCUUAACUUAACAAAGCCAAGAAAAGUGAACCAAGGCCACUUACAGAGAGGCAGACUACUUUGGGCUGUAGCUUGUGUUGGUGUGCAAAAUAAUAUCCGACUAAGAAUAUAUUACAGCCCAACACCAAAAUCUCUGAUUUAAUAUUUAAAAAUGUAUUAAAAAACAUGAGUCCCAAAGAUUGCAUUUACUGUGGGCUGUUGUACUGGACAGAAAAGGUAACAUUUUAGAAUACAAAACUGUUGAAUAAUUUAACUCAGGUGACUGCAUUUUCUGGUUAUGAUUAUUAAGACCUGAAUUAAUUCCUUUAAAAUAUGAAACAAUCACUAAAAAACCAGGACACAAAAAUGUAGUUCCCUACAGUUUUUAUUAUAAGUAACUUUACAACUUUUUGACUGUAGAAAGAAAAACCGUGGAAAGGUUUUAUGUACAAUGAUUUUGAACUACUUUUAAACAAGUAUAGAAAUUAAUAAUGAUAGAAAAUAUCUAUGACUGUUCUAAUAACACAAGACCAAUAAAAAUAUCAGUCACAGCCUCGGCUUCAAAUAAUGCUAAAUGAAGUACAUUUUUAUUUUUGUCCUUUUUAGUACAUAACAAUCAUUUCAGAAACAUAAGACUUCUCAAACAAAGAUCUACCCAGAACAAACAUAUUUACAAACAGAAGUUGAGAGGUUGAAAUGUACAAAACACUUAGUGCGACCUGGUAGGGAAAUCAAAAGACCAGUUAUAUAUAUAUAAAAAAAAAUAAAAAAACAAAACAAUUUUUGUAAGUAAAAUGUGAACUGGACUGUGAACAUGUUUCCCAGGUCUGACAGUAGCUGAGUCUAUAGUGAACAGGAUAAAACAAUGCAUGAAAAACUAUGGCACAACUAGGGGCAGUGUUAGGUCACCACAAAAGAAGUAGCUAGGAGUGGCGGCCUACUAAUUUCUGUUCAUGGUGAAAAUGCAAUGGUUACGUUCUCAAAAUUCUACUAUUACCCAUUGACUUUACGCUGAAAUGUCCACAGUACAUUAAGGCGAGGAUGUCCUCCAUCCCAAACACUCAGGUCAUGUGGGGGUAAAGAGUUGGUCAGACAUUACAGAAGGUGUUAGCUGGAUGUCUGGGAGCAUCAUUUCAGGACUCUGUAAAAGGUUUAAGGGUGCAGCACUACAUAGUAGUGUUCUUUCCUUCAGUCUCUUCUAACAAUCAUCUUAAGAUGCAUCUCCUCUGCCCCUGGACUGGGAGCCACUGUAGAUGCAGGGGAACUAUCCCGCUGCAUGCCAUAAAACACCUCCCUGAGGAGUGACAGGGCAAAAGCAGUCACAGCCCAGCAGCUACACCCUCAUACUGACCACCACUCCAUAACAGACACCGCCACAGACAAGGCGAGAGCGGCAACCUCAACUGCCACGGAUCGUCCAGGAAUGUUUUCAUUCAGUCCACAUGAUGUUAGCUCAACAACUUAAACUUCUGCCUGUCUGCCGCAUGGUUCGACUCUGUUGGAUGCUGCUGGAAGGCGCAGCAACAAGACAGGCAAAACUGAGGAAUGUUUGCAGAAAAGAGUGAUAUAAAAUAGCAGCUGAUAAGCAUAGCUUAGUACAUCCCAAGUGAUGUUAAAAAAGGUAUCCAUGGUUUUCACAAAUAUACAGAGUAUAAAACAAAUGGAACAAAUAAAAACAAAAUAAAACAAACUAAAAAGGGCAGUGAGAGGCUGAUUUUAAAGGCAAAACAGUUAUCAGCUGAUAUGGAGGUAGAGUAGUGACAAUAAGUUAUUUUUAUCAGUAAUUAAAACUGGCAAAAAAAAAUACAUUUUUGACAGUAAAAGAAAAGGCACUGAAAAAUAAUACAAAGUCAUUAAAAUGAUUAAUUGUAUUUUUUGCAUUCUGAAUUCUCACUCCUUCAAGAGUGACAUGAAGAAAAUAUAUCAAAAUGCAAAAAUUAUUAAAAUAAAAUACAUUUUAAUGCCCGUGUUUUAUUUUUUGUGCCAAUGUUUCCUUUAUCAAUGCAAAAUUUAUCUUUAAUGCCAAAACUUACUGUCACUGCUCCAGCUCCAAAA